ACUAAAAAUGUAUCAUAAUUUAUCGAAUAUAAAAUGUAUGAAAAAGUAUAACAGCCAGAUGUCGAAACUUUCAUAAAAACUUUUAUACCGGUAGGUAGUUUUUUCAGUAAUAGUAAACAGCCUUCAUCAAAAUGGAUGUAGACUUGUUACGCCCUGGAACUGUUCCUAUAUCUCCAGACACAUUAUUGUGGUUUGAAUUCCUUCUUGAUGCAGAUUUACUGAAGAAUCACCUUAGCAAACCUAAUCCAGAUCCAACAGCUUGUGAUUUGAUAGAAGAAUUUUUGAGGGUUGACUGUAAAAAUGCAAAUUCAAAACCAACAAGUGAGAGAGUGGUUGACAUUGAUGGGCCUCCCAGUCCACCUGCGGCUACUAACCCUACUCCAUUGACAUUUACUAAGAAACAACUUGCUUUGAAAAUUUUGGCCCUAAAAGUGGCUUCAACCCUGCACUGGAAUUUAGAUAUAUUUGAAUCAAAACUUGCACCUCUUACACAGCAAUGUCUAAUGCAAGAUCUUGUGUACAUGGCUACAGAUGCUGCUUUUGUAGUACCACCACAGGAUGUUUGUAGAGAGUUAGAUGUACAGAAGCCUCAAGUACAGUUUGCCCUCACCCUGUAUCACAGAUGGAUAUUACGGUUUCCAGUGAAAGCUGCACUUUAUGCAAAAUCAACAAAAAUGACAUUUCAUUUACCGGGAAUGCAAGCUGAUGGCGCCUUUAACCCCUUAAAUCAAAACUUUGAGAAAAUAUUGCGGAUGUGUGAAGCUAAUCGUAUGCAAAGUAUAGGCUAUCUAGACAGUGUGCUUUCGUAUUUCGAUUAUUUACCCAACAAAGACUCAAUAAAAAUUAAGGUGCCAGUGAUGGAGGCAUUCGUUCAUCUCACUGAAACUUCCGAAGACAUGGAACAUAACUGGGAGGCUGGGGACACAUAUAUAAGCUACUACGAGCUAGCCAUGCAAAUACACUUCGACCUAUGCUACAAUUACUUCUUUUAUGGCCAACACGACUUGGCAAAGCAGCAUAUUUUACUUUGUAACGAAAAUUCAUCAAAACUAGAAAAAGAUGUCAAAAGUAACGGUUACGACUCCAAAGAUCUCCCUUGGGGAAAAUGUAACUACGCAAGUGUCGCUAAGGAAGACAUAUUCGGCUACAUCAGAGCUUUGAACUUAGGGAGCGAAGUCUUAAACGAGGAACCGUCACUCAUGCAGAAACUGCAGGAGUCAGUAGCUAAUCACUACACUGGACUUAUAGCCAUAUUACAAGCGGAUAACUUGUCCCGGGAGAUACCUUUAGUGCACCGAGAGGUGGUAGAACUUGAUAUUCAGGGAUCCGCUUCUAGUGGCGCCUUCACCGUAGCGAGAGAUCUUUUGAAUCGGGUGUCAGCCCUCAAUGCAGUGCGAUAUGCAUUAGAGGGUGGUAUACCUUCUACUCAUCCAGAUUUUAACAACAGGCUAAAUACCUUUGGAACGAAAUACUUCGAUCUUCUCUUUUGGGCUAUCGCCCCCGUUCUGGCGUCCGACCUAUCGGAGGAGGAUUGGCAAAACCUAAAGAUGUUUUUCCUCCAUCUAGGCACGUCGCAGUUCAAGGUGCCUAUCGAUAAAAUUGACGACUACUUGAGGAAAUACGUCGGAGACGCAGCGAAAAGUAUAAGGCGUAAACUGAUAUCAGACGACGAGCUACAGAUUAUACUGAACGACCAAUCGUACAACGAGGAUGACAACUUGGAAUUUCCGAAGGAACUACUAACGGACGACUGGGAGACCCCAGAUUUCGAGAUCAAAUCGGUUCCAGAUUUGGAAAUGGGGAGACUGAAGAAGCGUCUCAUCGAAGCGUCGACUGCGGACGAUGUGAGGUUAUGUUUGGUGAAAUUGGCGAUGAUGUCGCCAUCGGCACCUCUAUGGAAGCUGAGUCCAACAUGGAAACCUCCGGGAGCGCUUGGAAACGCUCUAAUCGCUUUGCCGAGAGGAUUCUUACAAGACUUCGGGUACGUCGUCUCUGGUGCGUCGCGGGCGAGAGCCGAGGCGGGCUGCGCGCGGUCUGCUUUGUCAUUACUCUCUGUAUUAGAAGGCGAAGCUCGGAACCAAUUGGGAGGAAGCUCAGACCCAGUCCUAUACCGCCUUUGUCGCCUACUAACCUGGGAGGUGCUUUUGCUGCAAGUGAUCGUAAUGCUCAGCGAUUGGCCGCAUCACCGAAUCAACCUCACGGCGUUGGCCAAUAAAUGCAAAGCGUGUAUCGCCGCGGCUACUUCUGGCGAUGGAAUCAUUCCUCGACCUCAGGUGAUAGAGGCGUGCUGGACGUGCCUGGUGAACGCGUGCGAGUGGGACGGCGCGGGCGCGGCGACGGGCCCGGGCGAGGCGGCCGCCGCGCUGUGCGCCGCCUGCUUCGAGCUGCAGCGGGGGAAGGCUACUAGGAAAUUUCCUAGGGCGUUGUGGGAUUAUGCACUGUCAGUAUACAACAACGGCGCGAACGGCCCCGUAAAGCGUUCCGCAGGCGGCGUGCCGACGCAUUCGCGCGACACGCCCAACGCCGCCGCCGAAGCACGCAGCGCUUUCAACGCCUUCCUAGCGACGCUGAGAGAACCCCUCGCCGUCAGCGUAGUGUUGUCCCUCCUAGCGAGAAUACACAACCUACUAAACGAUGAUAGUUCUUUAGAACUGGUUGUGGAGUAUACGAGUCUUUGGCCCUCCAAUAUAUCGAACGCUAACAACUACAAUGUGAAGUUUGUGCUCGAAUCUCUGACCGAGUUGCUCGAGAGAAGCUUGAAGUUGUACCCGUAUAAUACAUCGUGGUUACGCGUAUACGGCGACGUCGAAAUGUCGCUAGGUCGGUGGGGCGCGGCGCUGCGUCGCUACAUGUGCGCAUUAGCGGGCGGCAGUUGGCACUUCGCGAAACGCGCGCCCGACGAGCCCGCCAUCGCUCGCCGUGCCGCGCGAUGCUGCCAGGCGUUGCACGCGCCCACGCAGGCCGCCGCGCUGUCGCAGCUCGCCGAGGAGCCGGAUUACGCCACUGCUUUCAAGUGCUUUGCUGAGAAGACGGGCAACACUUCGGACGCCAUGGACGCGUACUACGGGUGCGUGUGGGACGGCACGCUGCUGGAGGUGUGCGUGGCGCUGCACGCGCGGCGCGGCGAGGGCGGGCGACGCGCGCGCGCCGUCACCGCCGCCGGCGCGCUCGAGCUCAACGCCAACAACGGCGACGACAUCGCGCGCGAGGCCGCCGCCGUGCGACGCGCGCGGCUGCUGCGAGCGCUCACUAACCAGUACGUCGCCUCUUAGACUAUACAUAGUAGAUAUCAAUAAAUGUUCAACAA